GAAAAUAAGUUCGCCGUUCCUAGUUUAGAUGUGAUUAUUUUUGGGUACAAUGAACAAACAUGGUGCGAGUUAAACCGAAAAACGAGGGGAUUCGGACGGGUAGUUCAGCGGCGUGUGAUGCCGUAGCCAAGGCGACCGCAGCAGCAGACAACUGACAAUCCGCUGCUCGUCGUCAACAAUAUUCUAGCGUGCAUAUUUCAGUUCGUUUCCACGGUGAUUUGCAGGGUCAGCACCGAGGAAUCCUGGACGACAUUAAGACACCUGUCAGGAAAGCCGGCAGGCUAGCAAUCACAAGUUUAUUCGUCAUUCAUGAAAACAGUGUCUGCAGAAAAACAGAGAGAAUUCCUGGUCAGGAGAUGGAGUACUGUUUUGAUGAAACGUGAGUCACCUGUAGUAGCCUUGGGACAUGGUUGCCUGGAUACAUCCCUUCAGAAGCGAGGAGCCGGAGGUGGUGAUUCGGUGGCUGCGGAGAGAGUGGAGGGUGUAAUCACCAUGACUACGACAGGAGCCCAGUAUGCUCUUGCUACGUCCGCUGGGGCUGGUGGUGGCGGGGACGGUACGAGCGGGGUGGGAGUAGAUUCUAAGUCUGGUGUAGUCGUUGUAACCACCUCAAGCUCCAGUGGCAGUGGGAGCGCGGCUCAGACUCAAUCGACUAGGGGUCAGCAACUCAUCACUGUAGUCACAAGUCCAGAUCCUUCUAGUCCUAACAGCCUCCAAGUGCAACCUAUCCAGUUGUUGGUUCAGGACUCACUUGAAACAGCUGCAGAUUCGUCAAACGGUUCAUCAGGCACUUCAGCCCAUGUUACUGCGCAAGUUGUAGUGAAUACUACGCACUCUGGUCAGCACACUCUCGUUGAUACAGACGCUGCUUCUACUGGAGCUGGGACAAUUGUCAGUGGAUCACCACAUUACAUAACUGUAACAGUGUCUGGAGACGCCGAGGCAGUGGGUUCCGAAUCUGUAUCACACCCAACAUAUGUCCAGUAUGUCGAGGGGGAUACUUCAACAUAUAUACCGACCAAUGGACAGAUGACAUAUCCGGUGUAUGCUGUUGGUGAGGCAGGGGCCAUGUACACUCCUGCUUCCAGCCAAUAUUAUACACCAGCAUCGACACCAGUUACGUAUACGCAGGUUACAGGACAAGGGUCAAAUGCCACGACCGGACAGCUUCUAUCUCAAGGCAAUGGUACAUAUUUGAUACAACAGAGCGUCGUAGAUGGUGAUCCUACAACACAUGCACUUAUAUCUGCCACUGCGGCCCGAGCUAGUCCACAAACAGAGAAUGCUCAGGAAAUUUGCUCUCAGGAGGCAGUGGUUAGCGGGGGUGGAGGGACAUACCUGAUCAGCGGGAAUGCAGGUGGCACAGCAGUGAGCGUGGAAGAGGCUGCUGCUGCUGCGGCCAACAUCACGCAUGCCACUAGAGUCUCCCAGGCCACCGUAAGCCAUAUCGACUCGCCAUUUGUACAAUGGUUAUUGGAAAAUUACGAAACAGCAGAUGGGGUGUCUCUUCCAAGAUCGACACUUUAUAAUCACUACUUACGUCAUUGUUCAGACAACAAAUUGGAUCCUGUGAAUGCAGCAAGUUUUGGAAAAUUAAUUCGCUCUGUAUUUCUGGGACUGCGUACUAGACGUUUGGGUACUCGGGGUAACUCCAAAUACCAUUACUAUGGUAUUCGCGUCAAACCAAGUUCACCAUUGAUAAUGCUGAAUGAAGAUGGAACAUCUCGUCAACAGCAAUCGUCAAAUGCUCAAGCCAAACGAUUCAAAUUUGUUAAUCAAAAGCAAGAAUCCGCAUAUGACGGCAAUACUCACGCCAACACAAACAUUGCUUCCAAUACAUCUCCUCCACAGUAUCAUCAAUAUUUAGGUGAAGCAAGUGGUGCUAUUCCAGAAUUUCCUGAAAUUGACGUCUGUCACGGCUCAACUUUACCUGAUGAUUGUACAUUAGAAGAUAUUGACACAUUCCGCAGUAUAUAUAGAGAACAUUGCGAGGCUUUCUUAGAUGCAGUUUUGACUUUUGAAUUUGCCACAGUUGAGAGUUUGUGGCGAGAGUUUUGGCGCAGUCAAGAUAACAAUAAUGGUGACGAAUGUGAGGAAGAAAAGUACCUGUCCAAGACUAAACUGUAUCAAAUGUGUAAGUGCUCAGCAGUCCAGGAUUUCAUCAGAAGGGUUGAUUAUACAUUUUACCAAAAUCUUGUUGAAGUACUUAUGCCAGAUGUUCUGCGACCCAUUCCCAGUUCUCUUACUCAGUCGAUUAGAAACUUUGCUAAAGGUCUUGAAUCUUGGUUGACUUCGGCUAUGCAUGAUUGUCCUGAAGAGAUGAUGCAGAUCAAGCUUACAGCUGUAUCAGCAUUUGCACAAACCUUGCGACGAUACACAUCGCUCAAUCAUUUAGCUCAAGCUGCCCGUGCUGUACUACAGAAUUCUAGUCAAAUUAAUCAAAUGCUGGCUGAUUUGAAUCGCGUUGACUUUCACAAUGUUCAGGAACAGGCUUCAUGGGUAUGCCAGUGUGAUUACGCAGUUGUACAACGAUUGGAAGCUGAUUUCAAAGUUACACUACAGCAACAAAAUUCAUUGGAGCAAUGGGCAGUAUGGCUGAAAGGCGUUGUUACGCAAGUACUUAAACCCUAUGAAGGAAAGCCAACCUUCGCUAAAGCUGCUCGUCAAUUUUUACUAAAAUGGUCCUUCUAUAGCUCAAUGGUCAUAAGAGAUCUUACACUAAGAAGUGCUGCUAGUUUCGGUUCAUUUCACCUGAUUCGGCUUCUAUAUGAUGAAUACAUGUUCUACUUGAUUGAACACCAAGUAGCAGUUGCUACUGGCACAACACCUAUAGCAGUAAUGGGUGAUAAAAAUCAAAGCUGUUCACUAAUCAAUGCAUUUGCAGCAACAUCGAAUGGAGGUGUCCCUAUUACGUAUGUAGACGUGGACAUGGCAACGCUGCAGGUCAAACAGAUACAUCGAGCACCAUCCAAUCAAAGCGCAUAAAGUUAAGCUAACUGCAUAUCUUUGCCUGUUAAAAUGUGAGUAAUUAGUUCAAAACGAUAUAUUGAGGGGUGAAGCUAAUAUUAACACGGGCAGGCCUAUUAUUCCAUACUAGUCCGAUAGAUUAUUAUUUUAUUUAUUGACGAAUAGUCGUUGCACUAUAAUAAUAUAAUGAAGUAAUUAGUGACUGCAUGCCCACACGAGUCCUGAAAUUUCGUACACUUGCAUAAUAGUGCCUAUUACAACUUUUUAUGCAAUUUAAAAAUCAAUUGAAUAUAUCCAAAAGAGGUGUAAAAACAUUUUAUGAACUUUUUGGUCAGCAGCAGAAAACCACGUUUCAUAAUGUUACUGUUUGGUACUUGGCUUUUUUCCUUCUUAAUUUGUUCUAUGAAUUUGAGUUACACCCAAAUUUUAGGCAUCAUAUUAAAUAAUAUAGUAUAAGCGAGAAAGUACUAAGCUGGUUAAGAACUUCCUGGGAUGUAACAUUUUAUUCUAGCUUCAUUUUUACGAAUGCAGUGCCGAGAUUAGACAUUUAGUUUUUUAUAUAAUGAUUGAAAGUUUAUUACACUGAGCUAUCCGUGAUUAUAAAUCGUUAAAUUGAUAUGCAAUACGUUUCAAUACGGUUUUGUUAGCAAAAUUGUAUGUUUCAAACAUAAUUUUACCAAAUGUUCCAGCAUGUGAUUUAUGUUGUUUUAUUUACACAUGGGGACUCAUUGAAAAUAAAUUCUUGUAUUCUUAAUUAAUGAAGCAAGAAAAUUCAUUAAAAUAAUUAAAAUGAUAAUAUUUUUUUGAAAAAUUCACACAAACAAUACUAGAUAAUUUAUUUUGUAUGAAUUGAUUAAGUAUGCCAGAUUUAUCGAUCGUGUAUCAAAAUACACGUAAUAAUGUUAUAUUUAUGCACAAUACAAGAUAUUUUUUCAAUCCAACUAUCAUAUAAUAUUCGUUAGGUAAUCACUGUUUAAAAGAGAUUUCUUACGUGUGAUUUGUGUGCCAGAUAUAAAUUUAUGAAAAAUAUUUUUUGUUUACAUACCAAUGAUUGUGAAUACCAAUUAUUACGCCAGUGAUUACUAACAAAACAUGAACCAAACAUUUUAGUAUUCGCAUAUAAAUUGAUUGGCUAGUUCAUAAUCUAGCCUAUUUAUCAAAGCUUGGAGAAUGAACGUGCAUUUUAAAUAUACAUGCAUGCAGCAUAUCAUAUUUGAGUGGUUAAACUAUUUUACAGGCCCGUUACAAACUGAAUAGCAGUCAAGUGUCCUCAUCCAAUUUUUCAUUCGUAACCUUUCUUUUUAUUUUUAAUUAUACAUGUGAAACCAUACUCUUAUGAAUUGUAAAUGGAUGUUUAAUUGAAGGCAUUGUAAAUAUUUCAUACAUAGAAUUCAAUUUAGUUGAUUCUAUCUGUGUUUUUGGUACUCUACCCAUUAAUCGACUAACGCCAAAAAAUUUGAAUAGGUGUUCAUUUGUAGUAAGUUCAGUUAUGCAUUAGAUAGUACAGCAGUUUGUUGUCUUUGAAUUAAAGAGGGACGCCUUAAAUUUUUUACUCUUGACCUUUUAAUAGGGUGUCCAGCGACCGUGAAUUUCUGGAAAAGCGGGAAUUGUACGGGAAGUUGAAAUUGCUCUUGAAAAUGCGGGAAACAUACGGGCAUUUUAUAUAGCAACCGGGAAUUUUUUCAUCAAAUGGAACUUCCGUAAAAUUUCGAUCUGGGUCUAAUAAUGAGAGCCCUUACUCAACUCCUUUUAGAUUACAAUCAUAUCUUCGAAAUAUUAUAUAAUAACUCAUCUAGUUAUAUUAUUAAUAAAUAUAAGCCAUGUAAGUCUUUCCUUUUUCGCGUCAAUUUCCUUAACACAUCUCAUAUACCUACAACUGCCAUGGAUACAUGUCUUAAGCAGGGCAUAGGGAUGCUCAACCCUUUCUUUCGGGAUAUCCAACUGAUUUGGAAAUUUUUGUUCAUCGACGAGCAUAUUAUUUACAAUAAGUAUCAUCCGUAUUUAAAGAUUACUAUUUAAAACAGCUAAUAUUCCGUAGUUAUGCAGCUCAAAAUAAUGUUAUGAGUAUCCGGGAAUUUUCAGAAAAUGAGCGGGAAAAUACGAGACUUAUACGAGAAUUUUUAAGUCCUGUGUUUCUGGACACCCUGUUUAACUUAAGUUUUAACAUAUGCAGUUUCUAUAAUUCAACGCCUAGGAUUUUACCAUUUUGAAGUAUUCGAAUUUCAGAACUAACGAAAUGUAGCAAUUCUUUGAAAAGCGAUGUGACUAUAAACUGAUCUCAAUAUUUUAAUCAACCGUCUAAUUUCUACCAGUUGUCGUGGAGUAGUUGGGUAGCUCUCUGUUGAAAACUUGAAUUCAAUAAAAAUUAUUUACUGCACAAGACAUACGUAUUUAUAAAAUACACGUAAUUAUUUUUCUAUCAUAAUUUGAAUAUCUCAAAAUCAAAGCACCGUGCUUCAAUAUUGUUUCUAUAGACAAUAGCACUGAGAUUUAAACAUAUUGAUGAACCAAAAAUUGGAUAUUUCCCAUUGCUUAUCAAAAAUACUUUUGUUAUAUGUGUAUAAGAAACCAUUGGUAACAAUACAUUGCAUUCAUUUUGUGUUUGUAAAUUCAAGAAAUGAAUUUAGAUGCAGAUAAAUCAUUUUCUCGCGUGAAUAUAAAUUAUUUACGAUCCAGUUAUAAGGCAUUUUAGCAUUAUAUUGUAAGCUCUACUCUGUCGUAAUUUGCUACUGUCCAUCAUCUCACUAACAUCUGUAAUGCAUAGGAUGUAAACUUAUACAGGCUGACUCUGCAUCUUAUCUCUUUUGUACAGAAUGUGUUUGAACGUUAACCGUGACUAGGGUCGCGUGUGGAAUUCGAGUUACACAAAAAUAUUUGCAACAGUGUUAAUGAGUAACUGAGUAUUUCUGCAAUAUCGAGUUCACUGCAUAUUAGCAACUUAAACUACUAUAUUUCUGAUUAUUUAUUAUACAAAGAGAAACAGACAAUGUAUGAAAUGUACGAUUUUUUUCGUUAGGGGUUGAUGUGUACACAAGGCUUGAUUAAAUGGACAUACUGUAAUAAUAAUAAUAAUAAUACUAAUAAUAUUAAUGUAGUGCAAUCAAUAUUGCGCACAGUAAAUGCACUGUUUUUAUAGACGUCGAAAAUGAAUGUUCCUUAAUAUGCAGUAAAUAUUUUAAGGUAAUGAUGGAAUUAAUUUCGGUUAAGUCUAAAGUCAAUACUUAACGCUUUAUUAAAUCAUCUUGAUACAGGGUGUUCAAACAAAAUUGUAACUGUCAACGAAAAGAAGAUGUAAUAGUCAAAUAAUCAAUGUUAUUCUAUCUGUAAUGGAAUCAAAAUUGAUGUUGAAUACCCUGUAACAUUAAGAGUGUAUAUUGCAAGUACAGAUCUCGCUUCACAUAUUGCAUUAUAUCACAAUUAAAUGCGAGCAUAAUUUUAAUGUAGAUUAUAUAUAAAGGCAUUACGUUAACGUACUAGUCAGAAUCUAUACAGUAAGUCGAAAACAGGGAAUGCGUAUUGCAUAGCUCGUCGUUUAUUUGUCAUGUUAGAAUUAAUUAAUGUGCACUGAAAAAUAUUUCUAUAAUUAUAUUGAAUGAGCUUAUAUGUGUAAAAGAAAAACAAAAGAAAAAAAAAUUAUCAACAACUAAAUGUACCUAAUUUAAGGAUUGAUGACAAGUAGGUGUUUUAUGGUAAUUCUUUGAGGUAAUAAAAUAAAAACAACAGAAUUUAAGAGAAAACAAGUACCAGGUAGAGUGCUGAAUAUUUCGAGGCUAGUAAUAUUCAAUUACAAUAUAUCACUGCCGUCAACACAUGAUCGAACUAUUCAAAGAUUUUAAAUCAUAUUGAGAAUUCUAAAAUUUAGUGCAGAUGGAUACUUAUUUCUAAUGAUGUUAAAAUAUCCAAUAUUAAUCUAAGCUCGGAGUUAAUCAAGACUUUAAUGAUGUAUUCACUAGACAAACUUUAUAGCCCAAAUAAUUUGAAAAAUCUUUUAGUGCAUUAUACAGCUGAUAUAUAAUGCAAUAUAGGUACAAUAAAUAGAUGAAUGAGAAUGUUCAGGUACAAUGCAAAGUAAACCUUGGAUAGUUAUAAUUUUGGUCAGUGAAUUAUUCCACGAUGUAUAAAAGUGUACAAGAUUCCUUAACCCUAUUUUUGAGCUUUUUGAGUAACAUAAAAUUAAAAAUAUAUAGUUUACAGAAUUGAUAUCUGGGCUGAUAAUUUGAUCAUUGAUAUCCAGCACUCUAUCCUUAUACUCGUUGUAUACAAAUUUGAGGUUUUAUAUUUUUCAUAAAAGCAAAGUGGCACAAGGUAAAAGUAGCUUAUUUCGAACCAAAUACUUCAAAUGACUCGAUAUCUAAUCAACCAAGUUUCCUAUGUUGUGGAAUAAAAUGGCCUUAAAUAUUCCCAAAGAUGAAAAAAAUGAGAGAAAAGUAGAUGAUAUAAAUAAAGUAACAAACAAUUGCUGUCCUACUAGAGUUGGGCCAGGGAAAGUCCAUUAUAAUAAAAUUGCUUUCUUUAUGACGUAUAGAAGAUAUUUUGAUACCUUUCAAUUUGCACAAGAAACUAAAAAUGCAUUCAUUACUGCUUAGAUAAGAUUAUAUGUAAGAAAAAAUAUAGCUCAAAAUAACAACUUAUGCAAAUAUAUAUACAAUAUAUAUAUACACAUGUAUGUAUAUGUAUAUAUUUAUAUAAUGUGAGAAAACUUAAGGAUCAUAUGAGGUGUGCGAUUCGCAAACAUUGAAUUACAUAAUAAAUAUAUGUUAAAAGUCA